AUGAGUUACUGGAACUUAUUUGUGUUAACUACACGUGAAUGGAUUGUCGUGCUUUAUGCUGUUACCAUAGUAUUUAUAGUCAUUUUUAUGAUUACUUUAAUAAUUUGCAUCGUACGCAAUUGUUGCUACAUUGUUUGCACUAAUGAUGAAGAGGAUGUUGAAAGAGAUGUCAUCAUGACUGUACCGCAACAAGCACCUGUCGUCGGCCAAUCAUCUCAUUCCGAAAAUUCACAGUGCCCCGUACAUGGCCAGAAAAAAUAUCAUAAUAAUGCCAGAGUUCAUAAGCAUAAUUUAUUGGUAGAUGACGGUCAUAUGACGAUAAUGCAUCAAUAA